AUGAGUUUACUUGGGAUCGACCUUACGGCCCCGGGUACACCGUAUAAAGAAUUCGUACUUAUUUUUUCUUGGGCAGUUUAUAUUUUUGAGCAAUAUUUGAGUAUUCGACAGUAUUAUAAGAUUAAAGAACCAAAUCCGCCAAAAUCCUUACAAGAUAUUGAAGAUGUUCGCGAAAAUUUCAAAAAAACUCAGGCUUAUGGUUUAGAUAAAGCUAAAUAUGGCUUCGUAUCGGCUUUAUAUGGGCAGUUACAAAGCACAGUUAUAAUUGUGUGGGAUAUUCUUCCUUUACUUUGGGAUCUUUCUGGAAAGUGGUUGGAACAUGCUGGGUACGGGACGGAUUAUGAGAUAGUACAAUCCUUGAUUUUUACUGUCAAUAUGACCCUCAUGUCAUAUUUAUUAUCUCUUCCUUUAAGUCUUUAUUACACUUUCGUAAUAGAGGAACGUCAUGGUUUCAAUAAAAUGACUUUGGGUCUGUUUUUCAUGGAUACGCUAAAAGGAUUUUUGAUCGCUGGAGUCAUUGGACUUCCAAUCCUAGCUUUAGUUUUGCAGAUUAUUAGGUGGACCGGUGAUAACUUUUAUUUUUACGUCUGGGUUUUCAUGAUAAUUUUUAACUUGGUAUUGCUUACUAUUUAUCCUACGCUCAUUCAACCCCUUUUUAACAAAGUUGAACCACUUAAAGAAGGUGAACUUCGUCAGCGAAUCGAAGAAUUGGCUUCCCGUAUCGAAUUUCCACUUAAAAAAUUAUACGUUAUUGAUGGUAGCAAGAGAUCUAGUCACUCUAAUGCUUAUUUUUACGGAUUUUUUAAAAAUAAACGAAUUGUACUUUAUGAUACUUUAAUCGAGCAAGCUGAUACUGGUGAAAUUUUGGCUAUUGUUGGUCAUGAAUUGGGCCAUUGGUAUCUUAAUCAUACUGUUAAGCUAUAUCGCUCAUUCGGAUUUGCUACCCGUCCAACUUUAAUCGGAUUUUUAUUAUUUCAAUUCAUCUAUUCCCCUAUUGAGAAUGUAUUUUCAUUCUUGAUGAACAUCAAGAGCCGACAGCAUGAAUUUGAAGCCGAUGCUUAUUCAAAAAAAUUGGGCUAUGGAGCGCAACUUCGUUCAGGUCUUAUAAAAAUUCAACUUAAAAAUUUGGGUAAUUUAAAUAAUGAUAAAUGGUACUCUGCAUACCAUUAUUCACAUCCGCCUCUUCCAGAGAGACUAAGUGCUUUGGAAAAAAUUGAUUAA